UUUGAUUAAAAUGACAAGUAGCUAUUUAAUGGCACCUAAUCUUACGAAAUACGGACAGGGCUAUAUAAUAUUUACUUGCGUGUAAUCAGCAUCGACAUUAGACUGAUAAAGAUCCAGAACGAUUAUGGGGGUUUGGUUUCACUUAUUUUGUUGGUUUCAGUUCUUGGGUGGGAGGGCGUGUCUUGUAAACAGAGUACAGCUGCCGUUGUGCUGUGUACUGUAGUUGGUGGUGAAGCAGUCUGAAGUAUACGAGAAAUGACGAGAGGAAGAAAACUAAAUCGAUACAUGAAGAAACUGAUCAUCCUUCGAGGUUUGCCAGGAGUUGGAAAGACAAGGAGGGCAAAGAAACUCUGUGAUGAAUAUGCAAGACUUGGACUGGAAGCAGAAAUUUUCUCCACUGACAGGUACCAUGAAAGUACCAACUACACCAAAGGAAACUUUCAACGCAACCAUCAGCGGAAUAGAGAGGAUGUUUUUAAAGCCUUGAACAGAGGUGUGGAUCUGAUCAUCGUUGACAACACAAACAUUUCUCUUUGGGAGAUGUGGCCCUAUAUCCACAUGGGGAUGCGUCAGGGUGACUAUUACAUCACUAUGAUGGAGCUGCCUAAGAACUAUAUCUCCAUCAACAAGCUGUACAGGUCAGAAACAACCUCUUCAUUAACAGCCUACAUUCUCACAGUGUACACACAGUACAUGUGCGUUGGGGAUGUUGUCAAGGUAACAAUCCCCAAGCGUAAGUUUCAGGUCCUUUGAGGCUCGCUGGGAAGCCGCUACAACAUCUGGCAUUUACUUAAGGACAGCUACUCCAUAAACCCUGGAGCAACGCGAAGAGGAAUGGAACGUCCAGUGAUGAAGACCUGCUGGUCUUCUCCCCC